AUGACUUGCCUAUUCACUAUAGGUGUUGCUAUGUGCACGGUCGUGGAAAUGAACGCAUCAUGGUGCAUUGCGAUGAUAGCGGUCUGCGCACUGACGUCGGGACGAUACUACCAAGCCGCGAACGGCGCUCGAAUCCUGGCCAUGAUGCCGAUAGCGGCCAAGAGCCACUGGAACGUGGUAGACUCGGUGUUGCAGACGCUAGUGGCCCGCGGACAUCACGUGACGGCCAUCACGCCGUUCCCCAAGAAGUCGCCGGUGGCCAAUUACACGGAAGUGGACAUGUCGCGUCUGAUGCCGUCGGGAGUCAGCGUGCCUUGGGACACGGUCUUGGGCGAAUGUUCGGUGCACAACAACCUGCCGUUCCUCUCGGGCCGUCACAAGGAUAUGUGUCGGGCGGUAUACGAGCAUGAUGAGUUCUGGCGGGUCAUCGAAACGAACAAAUAUGACCUGUUUAUCACCGAACUACUAGCCUCGUCGUGUGAUGCAUAUGUGUCUUAUUAUUUACAAAUUCCACAGAUAGUCAUUGUGUCGAGCCAUGUUCAUACAUGGUACCAUCAUACUUUCGGUAGUCACAUGAACCCUGCGCACAUUUCCACUUACCACGCACCGUUCGCUGUGCCCAAUAACUUCAUACAGAGAUUGAUGAACUCAUUUGAUUACUUGUACUCACACAUGGUGUUCAAAUGGGUCGACAGGGAAUCGACAGUGAUCGGUCGAAAAUAUUUCGGUUCUGACGCACCAGACGCUGAUACCCUAAUGAAAAAUUCGUCAUUAGUGUUCGUCAACGGGCAUUAUACAGUGGACUUGGCCAGGCCUCUUUUGCCUAAUUUCGUGAACAUAGGUGGAAUUCAUUUAGUGCAGCCAAAACCAUUGCCUAAAGAUAUUGAACAGUACAUCGAUGAUUCACCGAAUGGUGUUAUAUUCUUUACGCUAGGAUCUGUGAUUCGAUUGGAAACAGCACCAGCAUACUUGCAGAAAGUGUUCGUUGAAUCAUUGGCCGAAAUACCUCAAAGGGUACUAUGGAAGUAUGACGUUCCAAAUAUAGGAGACCUAUCAAAAAAUGUUAGAAUAGGGAAAUGGUUUCCCCAAAGAGAUAUUUUAGAACAUAAGAAUGUCAAAUUGUUUAUAUCUCAUGGUGGUAUGUCUGGGAUCUAUGAAGCCAUAGAUAGUGGAAUACCUGUACUUGGUAUACCUCUAUUUUUCGAUCAAUCACACAACAUUGCCAACAUAGCUCAUUGGGGUGCAGGCAUAAUGUUGGAUCACAAAACGUUGACCAAAGAUAUAUUUGUGAAUGCUAUCAAAGAAAUGACAACUAACUAUGAUAAAUACAAAUUAAAAGCGAUGGAACUUUCUAGAAGAUUUAAGGAUCGACAGAAUACACCAAAAGAAGAAGUCAUAUAUUGGACAGAAUAUGUAAUCAAACACAAAGGCGCACAUCAUUUAAAAACAGCUGCUUUAAAAUUACCUUGGUAUCAAUAUUUUUUAAUUGAUAUUCUAAUUGCCGUUGUAUUAAUUGCUUUAGUUAGCUUAAGUGUUUUUAUUCUUUUAUUAAAAACUAUUAAAAAUCUUGUCUGUAAUGUAAGUAAACCAAAAAAAGAAUACUAUAAAAUAUUUAAAAUGCAUUUCACAUUAGUUUUUUUAAAUGUACACUUUACAAUGACUGUUGUUUAUGGAGCUCAAAUAUUCGCUUUCGUGCCGAUAUAUGGACAGAGUCAUUGGAACGUUAUGGAUGCUGUAUUACAAACUCUCGUGACUGCUGGCCACAAUGUUACAGUUAUAACUCCUUUUAUAAAAAAAGAAAAAAUUGAAAACUACACUCAAAUAGAUUCUUCUUCCUAUAUGAGACGGUCGGCGUCGGCACCGUUCAAGUACAUAGCUGGAUCUGAUGGUUCUGAAUAUUUAAUUAAUACACAUCUAACUUCGUGCGAAGCUAUUUAUAAGCGCAAAGAUUUCUGGACCGUACUCGAAUCCAAAAAAUAUGACCUUUUCGUCACACACUUGUUGGGCUCGGGCUGUGAUUCGUACAUAGCCUACAAACUACAAGUGCCGAUGAUCGCCGUUACUACAUCUGCCAUGCCGACGUGGUUAAACGGUGAAUUUGGCAAUCCUUUGACUACUGCGUACACGUCCACACUAAAUGUGGCGAUGGCGAGUCCUAAAACAUUUUGGGAUCGUUUUUUAAACAAUUACGAUUACAUACGCUCGAAUAGUCAAAGGUGGUGGCACGAUCGCAAUGCAACGAUAAUUGGAAGAAAAUAUUUCGGCAAAGAUGUGCCGGAUUCUUAUACGUUAAUGAAAAAAAUAUCAUUAGUAUUCGUCAACAGCCAUUUCUCUUUUAACCUACCCAGGCCUUGGAUGCCAAAUCUUAUUGAAAUUGGAGGUAUUCACGUAAAUGAUCCUAAACCAUUGCCAAAAGACAUACAACUAUUUAUUGACGACGCUCCAGAAGGGGUAAUAUAUUUCUCAUUUGGUUCCACUGUAAAAAUGGAUUCACUUCCACCAAAAAUGCAAAUUUCUUUACAAGAGGCAUUUUCUGAACUACCACAACGGGUACUAUGGAAGUAUGAUGGUGAAGUAAUGAAAAACCAACCAAAAAACGUUAUGAUCAAGAAAUGGUUACCCCAAAGAGAUAUAAUGGCACAUUCAAAAUUAAAACUAUUUAUUUAUCAUGGUGGGUUGUCUGGUACAAAUGAAGCCAUCAUCAAUCAAGUACCUAUACUUGGCAUACCAUUAUUUAGCGAUCAACACAGAAACAUAGCAAACGCAGUAUUCUUGGGAAUGGGUCUAAGUCUAGACUACAAAACAAUAGAUAAAAAAUCAAUUGUAGCUGCUGCUAAAGAAAUUAUCAACAACAAAAAGUACAAGCAAAAUGUUCAAGAGUUAUAUCAGUUGUUUAAAGAUCGACCUUUGUCUCCAAAAGCGCUAGUUGCAUAUUGGACCGAGUAUGUAAUUAAACAUAAUGGAACUGAACACAUGAACUCAGCAUCAAAGGACAUGUUUUGGUAUCAGUAUCAUCAGUUAGACGUUAUAUUUGUGAUAAUAUUAGCUUCGAUAAGUACAUUAGCCAUUGUAUUAUAUAUUUCGAUAAUAAUUAUAUGUUCUAUUCUUAAAUAUAUUCAUUUGAAACAAAUUAAAACUGAAUAAAGACAUUUUAAUACAACUGUU